AAGCUUUUAAAAUAAUCAAAUAGAGAAAUUUGUAAAUUUUGGGUAAACUAUCAAUUUGCUUGUUUUUGUGGUUGGGUACAAAGAAACAAAAAAUUGUGUGAAAUUAUAAACCUACUGGCAUUUAUAGAAUGAAGAAGAAAAGAAAGAAGCAAUUUCCAUAGACCUUCCUUCUCUUUCUCUUUCUUCUUUUAUACUAAAAACAGUACAAAAAUAAAUAAAAUUAAAAAGGAGCUAUAAUCCAGACCAACAAGUGUCAAAGUUAGUUUUUAAUACAUGUGAUGUGACAACAAUUGAUUGGCCACAAAACAGCCCUAUAUAUAUAGUUGUAUGUGUUUGAUGGUCUAAUUUCAAUGCCAUUAGUUUGGUGGGGUGGUGAGUUUUCUAGUGAAAAUUCAUUCUUUUCUUUAGGCAUUAAAAUAGUACUUAUUAUAUUUAUAUAUAUAUAUACUACUGAUCCAUUUUCAGAAGCUGUAAAGGGAAGAGUUUGCUGAAAAUGUUGGCUGAAAAAGAGGAUUCAUAUCCAUGUGAUAAUAGCAUGAGACUUCCCAUAACCAUUUUCUUUAAGGAUGCCAGAUUAGUGUUUAAAUUAGAUAAACUUGCUGAGGAAAUAGCUUCAAUUGCAUUACCAGCAGCUCUGGCUUUGACAGCUGAUCCAAUUGCUUCUUUAGUGGACACAGCAUUCAUAGGCCAAAUUGGGUCAGUGGAGCUAGCUGCUGUAGGAGUUUCUAUUGCUUUGUUCAAUCAAGUAUCCCGAAUUGCGAUAUUCCCUCUUGUUAGUGUCACAACCUCUUUUGUUGCUGAAGAAGAUACCAUUGGAAGAGGGAAACCUCAAACUCAACCACAGGAGGAGACUGAGAAUCUUGAACAAGAACAACUCAUAACACAAAAUAAUCAUGGAAGCUUUGAUAUAGAGGCAGUUGACAAUGGAAAAAGGCAUAUUCCAUCAGCUUCAUCAGCUAUGGUUAUUGGUGGCAUCCUAGGCCUCAUUCAAGCCAUAUUCCUUAUAUCUGCAGCUAAACCAUUACUCAACUUCAUGGGAGUUGGUUCUGAUUCACCUAUGCUAAAGCCUGCAUUGAAGUACUUGACACUGAGGUCCCUUGGUGCUCCUGCAGUUCUUCUUUCUCUAGCAAUGCAAGGUGUAUUUCGUGGAUUUAAGGACACGAAAACACCCUUAUAUGCAAUUGUUGUUGGAGAUGCGACAAAUAUAAUCUUGGAUCCGAUUUUUAUCUUUGUUUUUCGCCUUGGUGUUGGCGGUGCAGCCAUUGCCCAUGUCAUUUCUCAGUACUUGAUUUCAAUCAUACUAUUGUCGAGAUUGAUGAGUAAAGUUGAUUUGUUACCUCCAAGUAUUAAACACCUUCAAUUUGGUAAAUUUCUCAGAAAUGGUUUUCUGCUAUUAAUGAGGGUGGUGGCUGUGACAUUCUGUGUAACUCUGGCUGCAUCAUUGGCUGCGCGCCAGGGUCCAACAUCCAUGGCUGCUUUUCAAAUCUGCCUUCAAGUUUGGCUGGCAACAUCUCUUCUUGCAGAUGGGCUAGCAGUAGCUGGGCAGGCAAUACUUGCAAGUUCAUUUGCAAACCAAGACUAUGACAAGGCAACUGCCACUGCAUCCAGAGUAUUGCAGUUGGGAUUGGCUCUGGGGUUGGUUCUUGCAAUAUUCCUUGGAGUGGGAAUGCCAUAUGGAGCCAAGUUAUUCACAACCGAUGUCAAUGUUCUCCAUCUCAUCGGCAUAGGCAUUCCGUUUGUUGCAGCUACUCAACCCAUCAAUGCAUUGGCUUUUGUUUUUGAUGGUGUCAACUUUGGAGCAUCUGAUUUUGCAUAUUCAGCUUACUCCAUGGUUAUGGUGGCUAUUCUCAGCAUCUUAUGUCUGUUUGUUCUUUCUUCCACAAAUGGUUUUAUUGGCAUAUGGGUUGCUUUGACUAUCUAUAUGAGUCUUAGAACAUUUGCUGGGUUUUGGAGGAUAGGGACAGGGACAGGACCUUGGAAAUUUUUACACUCCAGGAGCUAAUAUAUUUGUAUAUAAAUAAACAUAUACAUAUGUUUUUAUAGGAGUAGGAGUUGGAAGUUUUGAUUUUGUGGGUUUUUUUUUGGAGUUUUGCUUGAUAGUGGAAAAUUAUUACAUUUCUAUAUAUGCUUAUUUGUCUGUAUAUUUUAUUAACAAAUGUUAAUUUAUUACAUGGACAAUUAUGGUUGAGUAA